UCCUCGUGGCCGCGAUGACCGUGACUGCGUCCGAACCAGAGGAAAUGGCAGUUACACCUCCCCAGUACGCACCGAACCCCAGCCUCCGAGCGAACAUGGUCUUCCGAGUCCUCUUCGCCAUCAUCAGCAGCGUGCUCUGCUGGGUGCCGCUGCGCCUGCUCUGGCGUAACGGGGACUUCGCGGCGGCGACGCUGGUCGCGCAGGUGCUGGUGCUGAACGCCUUCACGGUGUUCAACUCGAUCGCGUGGAACAGCGACAACUGGGACGAGUGGUGGGAUGGGCAGGGCGUCUGCGACGUCCAGGUCUACCUGGUGACGCCGCUGCACACCAUCUACGCCGCCUGCAUCUUCACCAUCGUCUGGCAGCUCUCCAAGCAGGUCCAGGUCUCGCGCGCGACGCAGCUGAACCGCCAGGAGCGCAGGAAACGCGUGCUCGUACACGCCGCCAUCAUCUUCCCACUGCCGGCCUUCCAGCUAUUGUUCACCUGGUUCGACCUCGCCCAGCGCUACAACAUCGGCACCCUUAUCGGAUGCAUGGCCGUGUUUGACAACAGCUGGCCUCGCUUCGUGGUUUAUGACGCGCCUAACCCUAUUUUUGUGCUGGCAUCUGCUCCUUAUGGUUAUCUCGCAUUCAAGCGCUACAGAGCCUUCGAUAAAGAGACACGAGAGGUACUGAAGGGCAGAAGCGGUGGCGCCGCAUCCGCGCGCUCAAACCGGACACGAUUCCGUCUGUAUCUCAUGUCGUUGUCCAUCAUGAUCGUGUACCUUCCCGUGUCAAUCUACCUGAUGGCGUACAACAUCGCAGUGGCGAAGGGGUCGACGUAUCAGCCGUACAGCUACACUCGCAUCCACUGGGAAGCGUCCCCCUACCCGUGGAACGCGAUCCUAUUCAUACCCUCGUGGGACCUCUCGACGCCCGAGUUGAACCAGCCGUGGAUCACCAUUGCAACGUCAGUUGUCAUCGUCGCCUUCUUCGGCACCACCCAGGACGGUAUCGAGAUGUAUCGUCGCUACGCGGCCGCGCUAGGUCUACACCGUCUGUUUCCCAAACUGCGCAGACCAUUCCAGGCCCAUGGUAGACGAGGCCGUGUUCCCGAUUCCAGCGACACGCAGCAGAGCUGGAUAGAACUAAUGAGCUACAACACCGGCCACGACAGCGGCGCAAGGCCCAAAGACAGGAGCAAUGGACAAGCCUUUGCUAGUAAUGAGUAAGUGGUUUCCCCUUUUCUUCCCUCUCCUCCUUCUUUCCCCUUUCUCCCCA